CUGCUUUGCAGUGGUUUUUUCAGGGAUAUUUUCAUUUACUAUUCUUUUGAUAAGUAUGCUCUAGAUCAGUCGAAGUUAUCCGGCCUAACUCAAGUCACACAGCUCGCAAAAGCGGUAUGUGCGGAUGAAGAGCUCAUCAAUGAGUUGGAGAAGUGGACAGUCCCGGUGUUCCCUGUAAAAGGUCUCGAUCUGAUGAAUGCUGGUGUGAAGAAAGGUCCGAAGAUGAAAUUGACGCUCACAUAUUUGUUUGCACUAUGGCAAAAGGUCAGUGAAACCUACCUACAAAGACACGUCAUAUAG